AUGAGCCCCUGGCCCGAGUCCAACUGGACCGCCCCGCAGGAGUUCGUGAUCCUGGGAUUCUCUGGGUGGCCCCAGGGGCUGCAGCAGCUGCUUUUCGCCUUCCUCCUGCCACUCUAUCUGGCCACACUGGCUGGAAACCUGCUCAUCCUGGGCCUGGCUGUCGUGGACCCCGCCCUGCACACUCCCAUGUACUUCUUUCUGGGGGCACUGUCCACUGUGGAGGUGGCCUACACGCUGGUGCUGACCCCGCACAUGCUCGCCGGCUUCCUGCUGCCGCCGGGGGGCCAGGCGGUGGCCCGAUCCACCUGCGCUGCCCAGAUGGGCCUCUUUGUGGCGCUGGGAGGCUCCGAGAGCCUGCUGCUGGCCGCUAUGGCCCUGGACCGCUACCUGGCCAUCUGCCGCCCCCUCCACUACCCCCAGCUCAUGACCACAGGGCUCUGCUGGUGCCUUCUCGCCUCCUGCUGUGCUGGGGGCUCUAUCCUGGCCUUGGGGCUCACCACGGCCAUUUUCCAGCUGCCCUUCUGCCAGGGGGGCUCGGUCAACCACGUCUUCUGUGACCUCCCGGCGGUGUUGGUGCUGGCCUGCGGGAACCACCAGCUGCAGGAGCGGGUCCUGCUGGCAGCUUGCCUGUUGCUGCUGAUGCUGCCCCUGGCCCUGAUCCUGCUGUCCUACACCAGGAUGCUGGUGGUCAUCCUGGGCGCUGGGGGGUGUGCAGGCCGCCGCAAGGCCUUCAACACCAUGGUGUCGCACCUCACGGUGGCCGUGCUUCACUACGGCUGCGCCACGGCCAUGUACGCCAGGCCCCUGAGUGGCCGCUCCCUCGAGGAGGACAAGUUGAUCUCGCUCAUCUACAUCAGCCUCACACCGCUGCUCUACCCCACCAUCUACACGCUGCGGAAUCGGGAUGUGUAG